CAGAGCGCCCCGCGCGGGGCGCAGGCGUGGACACACCCCUCCGCCGGCUCCUGCCGGCACCGGCAGGGGAGGGGGCGGUGGGGCCGCCAUAAAGCGGCGGGGCGGCGGGCAGCACCUCAAGGCCUCGCCAUGCCGCGCCUCCUCCUCCCCCUCCUGCUGCUUCUCCUUUUCCUCGGCCAGCUCAGUGCCUUACUGGCGCCCCGCCGCCGCCGGGGUGCCCCGCCGCCGUCUCCAGCCCCUUACCUGACGCGUUACCUCUCGCAGCAGAUCGAUCACUUUGGCUUUGAUGAAAACCUUACGUUCCAGCAGCGAUACCUGAUAGCAGAUCAGCACUGGAAGAAAGACAAUGGACCGAUACUGUUCUAUACAGGCAAUGAAGGAGACAUCACGUGGUUCUGCAACAACACAGGUUUUAUGUGGGAUGUGGCUGAAGAACUUAAUGCCAUGUUAGUAUUUGCUGAACACAGAUAUUAUGGAGAAUCAUUGCCAUUUGGAAAUGAAUCUUUCAGUGAUUCCAAGCAUCUGAACUACCUGACAUCAGAACAAGCUCUGGCAGACUUUGCAGUACUAAUUGAAUACUUAAAGGAGACCAUUGCAGGAGCCCGUUACAGUCCUGUCAUAGCUAUUGGAGGAUCUUAUGGAGGGAUGCUUGCAGCCUGGUUUCGGAUGAAAUACCCCCAUGUGGUGGUUGGAGCUCUGGCAGCCUCUGCCCCAAUCUGGCAGUUUGGUGAUUUGGUUCCCUGUGGUGCUUACUUCACUAUAGUAACUAAUGAUUUCAAGAAGAGUGGGACUGGCUGCUCAGAAAGUAUCCGCAAUUCCUGGAGUGCAAUUAACCACCUUUCCUCAACAGAUGCAGGUUUACAAUGGCUUUCCAACACAUUUCAUUUGUGCAGCCCAUUAAAAAAUCUUCAGGAUGCUUCUAUGUUGAAAAGCUGGCUGAGUGAAACAUGGGUAGACUUGGCUAUGGUGGACUAUCCCUAUAAAGCUGACUUCUUACAGCCUCUGCCAGCUUGGCCUGUACAGGAAGUUUGCAAGUUCUUGAAGGAUCCCAGUCUCUCUGACAAACUGUUGCUGCAGAAUGUUUACCAGGCAGUGAAUGUCUACUACAAUUAUUCAGGGGAAGCUUCAUGCUUUGACAUGUCUGAGACUGCGACAAAGAAUCUUGGUCAGUUGGGUUGGUACUAUCAGGUUUGCACAGAGAUGGUGAUGCCCAUGUGUACAGAUGGUGUCAAUGACAUGUUUGAACCUCAGAAAUGGGACUUUGAUGCACUUUCAGAAGAAUGCUUCAGGUUAUGGGGAGUGAGACCUCGCCCCUCUUGGGUUCUUUCUAUGUACGGAGGGAAGAACAUCAGCUCACACAGCAACAUCAUUUUCAGCAAUGGUGGCCUGGAUCCAUGGUCUGCAGGUGGGGUGACCCAGAACAUCAGCGAUUCCCUUGUGGCUAUCAUGAUCCCAGAUGGAGCUCAUCACCUGGACCUGCGCAGCCGCAACCCUUGUGACCCCAAAUCUGUGAAGCAAGCUCGGGUCUUGGAAGUCCACUACAUGAAGCAGUGGAUUGAAAAGGCCAGGCGCGAGCACUGAAGUGGUACUGUGACAAUUGUGGCCUUUAUACCUCUGCUGGCUUUGCUGGGGGCAGGGCCAGGCCUUAUCGCAGACACUCAAAACAUUUCACUCCCGCUUCCUCAUCCGUGCUGCAGCGCUGGCCAUUGCUUGUGCCCAUGGGAGAAGCAGGCAGUAGACAGAUGGGAGGGCGUUAUCAGAGAACAACCUUUAGUGGAUAAAGUUCAUGGAUUGAGCUGCCUGCUGUGCCUUGCUUUCCUCUUCUGUUCUUCCCAAAUGCUGUACCUUAGGGUAGAGUGCCUCUUCUAGGCUUGAUGCCUUCCUUGCUCGCUAGGUUACUGUCCUGACUGCUGGUGUAUAGAAUGGAUUAAAUGACAGUGCUGUUUACGCUGAUGGUCGAACUCCCACUGCAUUCAGUGGUAUUAAAUUUUGGACAUCCUCUGCUGGUGUAAAUUGUCAUGGCAGGGGCACAGAGAGAACGAGGGAACAGAAGUCACAUCUUGCUGUGAUGUUCGCUGGAGAGGUAGUGAAGGCAUGGAUGAAAACCGGCUGUGCAGUUUGUAAGGAAACUGAACAGCCCCUACCCUUUGGAAUCAGUGCUGGAAAAUAAAUAUUUUAAUUUUCUGGCAGUUUACUAAUCAAAGCUGCCUUUGGUAGCUUUUCCAUUCUGUGCCGUGUUGAACGGUCAGGGCUGGGCCCAGACUGCCUCUGCCGAUAACUGGCUGAGCCUGCACAGUCUGUAUCAGGGUUUUAUUUCUUCCUUUGCUGUUCGUCCUAAUCCUGGAAUAUCUGCCACUGUGAUAACAGUUGCCAAAGAAUAAACUUUGUGUAUUUUGUAUGUGUGUGUCCCACAACCAUUUAGCUUUUUUCAAAUCAGGAAGCUUUUGAAGCUAUUCUCUUGAAGAUCAAAUGUGACACUUACGCUGGCCAGAUCUUAUGAAGUGACAAAUAAUUGGGGCUGUGCCUUGUGUGGGUUUCCCCCUCCCCCCCAUUCUGUGUAUUGUUCAAAUUCUGCAUGAUCUGUUUGCUGAUGGCUCUUCAAUAAAAGCUUUUUUUUAAAAAAAAAAAAAAAAAAAAAAAUGUUUGCAGGACAAACUAUUCAAAACACAGAAUGCAACUAUCCUCUUGGAGCAGCCUAAAGCAUGAUGCUGAGCUCAACAAGCCAGGUGCACUGGGCUUUCUGUAAGGCUUCCAAAACAGACAAACUGCCCUGAUUCAUGAGACAGCAUAUUUGACAUUAAUAAAUGGCUGGGGCAGUCCCCUCGUUUUCCAGCUUUGGCUUCAUUCACACUGGAGCCCUUCUUCAGAAAGGCUUCUUUGCGGUUUAAAGGACAACGCCAUUUCAGAAAGACUCGGGCAAGGCUUGUUGUCCCCAGGCUCUUAAAAUUCCAACUCUGUUGAAAAGUUUUCUCAGCUUUGAUGAUGUGCCUGAUGGUUGAGUAUUUUCUGAAGACACCAGGUGGCCUUUUCUGUUUCUAGUCUCCUCUCACCCUUUGGGAACAAACCAAACCCAACACCGAAAUCUUAUAUUUGCAUACACUCUUGGGCAUCUUCUCUUCCCAACAGAGUUCCUGGCAUUCCCUCAUCUUGCUCUAAUGUGUUAAAAGCAGUGUUUAUGUUCAGGUUUGCUGAAUCUGAACUUUUAACGCUCUGUCUUGAGCAAGGUAAUUACUUCAGAGAAUACGGAGAGCAAGAUGAGAGAAGGACAACGGGGGAAGAGGAAGAGCUAUGUAAGAACUUGCUUGAAACCUGUUGGCUUGAAAACUUUUGGUAAUCUAUGUUCUAGUAAGUCCUUUUUUUUUUGGUACUGUGAUGUAAAUGUAUGCCAGUCUCUUGCGUACUUUGCAAUGACAUUGUGGCCUUGAAUUUUUUUGUCAAUUUAAUUUUUGACAAAUUAAAUGUUUAUGAAAAAAUGAGCUACAGUCAAGUUCUUAAAAACACCAUUGUACCUGUAUGUGUUAAUUAAUGCAUAGUAACAGUUAACUGAAAGGCAAGGAAUGGAAUUUACAAGGGUAGACAUAAAUCUGGGAGUUACAGAUGGUUUGAAAAUGGGCAAGCAAGAGCCUGGUCUAACUGCUCCCACUGACUGCUCUGAGUGCCAGUUCUGGGAUAAACUCAUAUGUUGAGUGGAGAAGGAUGUGGGGAUAUUCAUGCAGUGGGCUGUGAACAGCCAAAUUAACAGCCAUUGUCUGUCUUAAUCAGCUCAUGUCUCCGCCUCCUCUCUUUCCCUUGCUAGCAACUUAUUGUCUCAGGAAACAAUUUGUUGUUUGUUGUUUGGAAAACACUUCAUAGUUUCAAUCAGAAUAAGUAAAUUAAGCUUUCAUUCCUCCUUCCAUAAGCAGAAAAAUGUGCCUUCAGGGAAACUUCUCUUAAAAAAAA